AUGGCAGAGACUCGAGAAACAUUGCUACCACCCAAAGAGGCAUUUUUCAGCAAGCUGGUUGAUAGGAGUGUUAGCAGUGAUGAUUAUGAACAUGCUCAAACUGUGUGGAACCAAUUCAGUUGUAGAACUCUAGGAGAAUACAGUGACCUAUACUUGAAAACAGAUGUUCUCCUGUUGGCUGAUGUCUUUGAGAGCUUCCGCGAUGUAUGCAUGAAGACUUAUGAUUUGGAUUGUGCUCACUACUUUACAUCUCCAGGCUUUUCCUUUGACAUCAUGCUGAAAUAUACUAAAGUUGAGCUUGAGCUCCUUACUGACUAUGACAUGUACAUGUUUAUCGAGCGAGGUAUCAGAGGAGGAAUAACAAAUUGUAUACACCGUCAUGCAAUUGCCAACAACAAGUGCACUGGCGCACCUUGGGAUCCAGAGAAGCCUACAUCCUAUCUGUUAUAUACAGAUGCCAACAACCUAUAUGGCUGGGCAAUGUGUCAGCCAAUUCCAUGCCGCCAAUUCCAAUGGAUGGAUAAAGAAGAAUUGGAAGCAGUGACAAUGGGUAUUACAGGUUUAGGGGAUAAUAUGGAGAUUGGAUACAUUCUAGAGGUGGACAUUGAAUACCCUUCCAACUUGCACAGCGAGCACAAUGAUUUCCCAUUUCUUGCAGAGAACAAGAAAACUCUUAAAUCCAAUCAUGUACGACUCAUGACAACCCUGUAUGAUCGAGAACAUUAUGUAUGUCACUACCGCACCCUAAAACAAGCAGUACAGCAUGGGUUGAAGAUAAAAAAGGCUCAUCGAGGUGUGCGGUUUGAGCAGAAAAACUUUCUAGCAUCAUACAUCAUGCUUAAUACAAAGCUAAGACAGCAGUCAAAGAAUAAAUUUGAAAAGAACUUUUUCAAACUCAUGAACAAUGCUGUGUUUGGUAAGACAAUGGAAAAUGUGCGAAAAAGAAUGAGCAUGGAGCUAGUGAAUGAUGAGAAGCGAUUGAAGAAACUGAUUGCUCGACCAGUGUACAAGGAUUGUAUCAUAUUUGGAGAGAAUAUUUGUGCUGUUACGAUGCAUAAGGAAAAAGUGGAGCUCAAUAAGCCAAUCUAUAUAGGGUUAUCAGUGCUUGACAUCAGCAAAACCUCAUGUAUGAAUUCCAUUAUAACAUCAUGA